AUGUCUAUAAUACCCACUACAGUUCCGAGCCAAGAUGACCAAGUCUCGCAAUACCUGCUUCCUGGACUAGUUCCUUUUUUGGUGUUGAUCCUGCUGGCCUUGAUAAUUUAUCUUACUACCUUUGUGCAUAGGCGUUUUAGGCAUUUGAGAAGGCAUCUUACCAGCCCAAGAGACACCGAAAACUCCGAUUCUUCAAGUAGCACAGAUUCUGAGAGCAGAAUUUUGUGGCAUCUUGACCUAGUUGCUCCCCCAAAAACAUGUAAGCAGUUGAGGGCGGAGAUGGCGCUGGGGGGACCCUGGCCAUGCUGGGCCACGCUAAGUUCGCUUUCCAUCUGCGUCAUUUGCUUGGAAACCAUCAACGGAGGUGAUGUCAUCCGUCAUCUGCCAAAUGCGUAA